GAGUGUGUGUGGAGCCUCGUCGGGACGCGCGCAGUGGACCUCCUCCAUCACUUCCACUGCUCCACACAAGCCAGUGGAUUUGAACCUCUGAGCCUUUUUCGUUUGACUUAAUGAAUUAUUGAAUUAUUUGCAGAGUUCUUUUGAAGUAUUUGGAUUUUUUUUGGAAGAGAGAGAGAGAGAGAGAGAGAGAGGGGAAAAAAAGGUUUCAUCUUCUCACUUGUGCAGACAUGCUUCGGUGCACAGCUCUAUUUUUGCUGGUGGUGGCCUUACACGUCCUGAGUGCAGAAGCUUACAAGUGCCGGUGCACCAGAAAAGGACCAAAGAUCCGAUACAAGGAUGUGCAGAAGCUGGAGAUCAAACCCAAAUAUCCUUACUGCCAGGAAAAAAUGAUAUUUGUGACAAUGGAGAACGUGUCCCGCUUCAAGGGUCAGGAGUACUGCCUUCAUCCCAAAUUACAGAGCACCAAGAAUCUGGUCAAGUGGUUCCGCAUCUGGAAAGACAAACACAGGGUAUACGAGGCCUAAAUCACUGGCGAGUCAUCACCACAAGAAAACAAAUAAUAAGACAACAACUACGACACCACUGGGAUUUUUUUUAUUGUUUUUUUUUUUUUUUUACAUUUGGCAAAAAAUCUGCACUACUUCCUCUUCCUCCUCAAGCCAUGAAGAGAUAAUCUCCUGUAUAGCUGACAUUGUUAUAUCAAAAUAGUGGCUUUCUUUUU